UUUCAAGUCAUCUAUCAAUGCGGUGUGUUCGCUUCGCGUUCUUCCCUGAAACUCUGCCAUGUGAAGGAGAUUUGGGCUCUUGCCUUGAUGCAGGGUCUCAUGUUCGUCCUCUUCCUCAUACAAGCUAUCUUGCCCUUUACAAACAACAUUGGGGCCUUCUGUGGUGUCGUCUUCUUUGAGGGCAGCCUCGGUGGUCUCGCCUAUGUCAACACCUUUGACCUCGUUCUCAAGACAGUACGUCCGACUUCCACUCUGUAUUCCUCUUUACGACAAAUGAAGCACCUCGUCCCACGGGGUGCGGCAACUUCAAUGCCUGCGCAUUCACAGAAGAGAUAA